UGAGGACGUGGACACCCCACACCUCCUCAUCGGAGAAGACUGUGGCAAGGAGAGCUCAGACGCACAGGCAGCCAGGGACCACGUCCCACCUUCCACCAUGGAGCUGAAUCAGACAUCCCCACCUCCCACAUCUGCCGUGACGGACACCGAAGAAGACAACCAGUGCGGGAUAGACAUCACUGACGUGGCCAUAGAUGGUGUCACCCUGCUCAUUGGCCUCUGUGGGCUGGUGGGGAAUGGGGCUGUCCUCUGGCUCCUCGGCUUCCACAUCCGCAGGAACCCCAUCACCGUCUACAUCCUCAACCUGGCCGUAGCUGAUUUCACCUUCCUCCUCUUCGUCAUCACCUCAUCCCUCCUCUACAUGGUGGACAAUGCCUCCUGCUCCACUGCCGUGUCCCUGGAGUACCUGAGGUCGUUCCUCCUGCUGUCACUGUUCUCCCACAACAUGGGGCUGUACCUGCUGACAGCCAUCAGCAUCGAGAGGUGUGGGUCCAUCCUCUGCCCGCUCUGGUACCGGUGCCACCGCCCCCAGCACCUGUCAGGGGUGAUGUGUGCCCUGCUCUGGGUCCUCUCUGUCGCUGUCAUUGCCAUGGUGACUUCCCCAUGCCUGGCACACAAGGAUGAGCUUUGCCAGAUGUCUCUCAUCUCCAUGUUUGUCCUCAACUUCCUCAUCUUUGCCCCACCCAUGGUCAUCUCCAACGUGAUCCUGUUCAUUAAGGUCCACUGUGGCUCCAAGAGACGUCAACCUAAGAGGCUCUACAUCGUUAUCUUCCUCACUGUCCUCUUCUUCCUCAUCUUUGGGGUUCCUCUCAGCCUCUUCCAUCUCCUGAAUCAGCUCAACUACUCCUUUGUGUCCAGCCAGAUUGCUUUCCUGCUUGCCUGCAUCAACAGUAGCACCAACCCCUUCAUCUACUUCCUGGUAGGGAGCUACUGGAGGCGCUGUUCUCUGGUGUCCCUCCAGGUCGCCUUCCGGAGGGUCUUUGAGGAGACGGCGGUCGCCACGGUCUCCAGCUAA